AUGCUGCACUGUAUCCUGCCGGGGUCCUGGUCAACGGGGCUGCUGGCCGCGAGCGUUGUCUUGCCACUCAUCUGGACUGCAUACGCCAAGUUCCUGCAUCCCCUGUCGAGCGUCCCCGGUCCGUUUCUCGCCUCUGUGACGCCCUUUGUUCAGCUCUAUCACGGUUUGAAGGGCGACCGACAUCUAUGGAUUUAUGAACUGCACCAACAAUAUGGCCCCCAUGUGCGACUCGCGCCGAACUUCGUCUCGGUGAAUUCCGUCGAGGGCCUGCAUAAGAUCUACGGCCAUGGAAAUCGCUUCCGAAAGGCCGACUUUUACAACUCGUUCCCGGCCAUUUCGGGGGUCUAUAACACGCACAAUGCGAUUGAUAAGAUGAUUCAUGGCCGGAAGCGCCGCGUGCUUAGCCAGGCGUUCUCGGAUAAUGCACUGAAGGGAAUGGAGGAUGUUAUGCUUCUGCAUGUGCGACAGCUGUGCUCGAUUCUAGGCCGGGAGCCGAAAGGGCUGCAGCCGAGUAACCCGAAAGACGGUGCUACGUUUAACAUGGCCAAUUGGUUUGGAUACUUGACUUACGACGUUAUGGGAGAGCUGUGCUUUGGGAAGAGUUUUGAUAUGCUGAUUGACGGCGCGAAGAGGCGCAUGGUCCAUUUGGUUGACAGGGCGGCAUACCGGCACUAUGUUUGCGGUCUCUGGAUGCCUCUGCACCGCUGGCAUCUUGACCAGAUUUUUAUUCGCCGAUUGACGAACGACCGGUGGAAUUUUAUCAUGGAGUCCCGGCAAGAAGCUAAUAAGCGCGCCCAGGAGAGAGCAUCGCUGGGAAAAGACGCGAAGAAGGACUUCUUCUACUACCUCCUUAAUGCCCGCGAUCCCGAAACCGGAAAGGGCCUUGCGACUCAGGAACUCUGGGGAGAAGCGAACGUUCUGAUGAUUGCGGGCAGCGACACCACGUCCACCAGUCUCUCGGCAGCGAUGUUCCAUCUAGUCCGAAACCCCCAUGCCAUGGAGAAGCUGAAGGAGGAAGUGCGCUCUCAUUUCAGCGACGUGGAGCAGAUCGUUAGUGGACCUGAAUUGAACCAGUUGCCGUACUUGAAGGCCUGCAUUGACGAGGCUAUGCGUCUCGCCCCAGCUGUUGCCGGAUCGAUCCCGCGAGAGGCCUCAGACCCUGUCGUCACUGUAGAUGGCCUUGUUCUCCCUGAAGGAACUGGAUGUGGCACUCCUCCGUACACCAUUCACCGAAGACCGGAUUACUACCGCGAACCAUUGAGCUAUCUGCCCGACCGCUGGAUCGAAGGGGCAGUCUGCAAGACCAUGGACGACGCCUGGACCGUGACCAAGGACGAUCUUGAAAUCGCCCGCAAGGCCUUCUGCCCGUUUAGCAUUGGACCCCGCGGCUGUAUUGGAAAGAGCAUGGCAUUGAUGGAAAUGCGAAUUACCCUUGCCAGGAUCAUGUACCUAUUCGACUUUGAGCUGGCUGACUCGACCGGCGAGGAUGAGACUGGCCAGUUUAAGAUGGUGGAUCAUUUUGUGGCUUCGAAGACCGGUCCUAAUGUUAUUGUUAGGAGAAGGCAAUAA